AUGAAAGACGCCAACAGAGAGAGCAACGACAUCGGUUGUUGGACGCAGCGCUGGCAGUGCCCAGAUAUAUCACAACAACUACCACCACCACCACCACCACCACCAGCACCACUACAACCACCUCAACCACUACAGCAGCGACCACGGCAAGGAGGACGGCUGAGGCGAAUGCGUCAGCGGCAGCGGAGGAGCAACAGCGGCAACAUCAUCAUCGACCAUGGCCAACAACCACUUUUUGGUUUUAUUUUUUUUCUCCCCUUCCUUUUUUUACUUUUCAGAUCUGGCAGCAUUGAGGGCGGCGGAGUCUCACCCACCGCGAGUGGUCCCAAUCUGAUAGCCGCCCUAUCAGCUGCCGGCAUUAGCAGCGUCGGCUCCGGCGAUUCCACCAAUGCCGCCGUCAAUGUGGGCACCUGGAAACUGAUCAAGGGCAAAGUGACGCAAACCAUUGAGGAGAUAAAAUCCUCCAAGCAUCCCCAGUCGCAGUCGCAUUCGCAGUCGCAUCCGCAUCAACAGCCACAGCACCCAUCGGGGGCGACUUCUGUAAUUCCCAUCAUUGUGGCCGAUACGACUUCGGGAGCGGUUGGCUGGAACAACGAACCGGAUUCCGAUCCAGAGUGCAUCACUUUGAACACAUCGAUAAGCGAGGAGUUGCCUUUGGAUCAGCAGCCGCAGCAGCAGCAUCAUCAUUCCGAUUCGGAUGCAGAGGGCGAAAUCCUGCAGCACGAUAGCAGCAGUUUGGGUAGCGGUGAUAUCGGAGCCGCAGCUGCUUUGCCCGCCAAUACAGAACGCUCGCGACUGCGUCGUGGCUUGGCCCACAUCAAGUCGAAGGUCAAGGCGAAACACCAGGCGGCAGCUGCCAUGAGCAGCAAGAAGGACGUUAGCCCCACUCCCAGUGGUUCGAGUUCGUUGCGCAGCAACUUUCUACGGCGCCGCAAUGUGGUGGAUGCCAGCACGGAGCAGCAGCCAUCGGCCAGUAGUCCACAGACUACGGCGGAGGCGCGGCCCUCGUCGGGUGUACGCCAGGCGGGCUCAGAGAUCCCAAUUGCCAGUGGGAAGGCAAAGCGUGGCAUUUUGUUGGCCCGCAAGGAUGUGGAAAUCGAGUCGGGAGUCGAGGUACUGGAGGAUAUGAUACCCAGUGCCACGGCCGCCGAUCCGACAGCAUCAGCAUCUGCAGCAGGGCGAAAAGAUCUCGAUGAAAGGGAUGCCGGCAAUGAGACUGAGCAGCGGGUAGCCCUCUCAUUGCCAUUGUCGGGGCUAUCCUCGAUGGCAACUGCUGAUUCUGCAGCGAGCAUUCAGAGUGGGGGCAACGAGCUACGAUCGAGAGGACGUUCCAGCUGGAGCAUAACCAGCCAUGCCCUCAAUUGGCGGCAUCAUUGUCAUGCGGCUGCAGCCUUUGCCACACCCUUGGCCCUGGUGUUUGGUCUGUUUGUGGUAUUGAUACUGCCGCUCCAUGACUUUUUGCGCGGCAUCCUUGCCACAAUUCUGUUCAUCAUGCUCGUCGACUCGUCCAGUUCGCAUUUCCAGUGGGUUUUCGAGCACUACGUGCUGCGGACUCAUCCGGAGCGCAUAGCCUUCGAGAUACCCAACUACAGUGACAUGCCCAUCUGUGAGAUUCCGGCCGUUGAGGAGCACAAGACCAUUAAGGCCUAUGCCGGCUGGCUGAACGAAUUAAACAGCUAUGACCCGAACACCUUCUCCUUCUCGCUCACACGUUCGGUCUAUGUGCGUCUGGAUGGCACUGUCCUCAAGAUGUCGGGCACAAAUGCCAAAAUACCCAAGCGCCGCAUGUGGAAUGAGAUGCCCAUUGAUCGGGCCAAAGUUCUAUUCACUGAUCAUCGUUCGUACGAUCUUAAAGAUUGUCGCAUUGAGCUUUUGCCCGUAGGCUUGGCCAAAAAGCGGUACUUUAAUCGCAAAUAUCCCAUACAAUUGAUCAUCAAGAAUCCGAAUUCCGAAUCAUCGCCCAUUGAUCAGGCGAGUAUUGGCAGUGGAACGGAUGGUACAGCCAAAGCGGAGUUUAAGGAUGUUGCCGUAGGCUCAACACCGCCCAGUGUCGAUGACCAGGAGAAGUCAAUUGAUUUCGGAGCCACUGUAAUGCAGGCGGAUCUUCAACAAUUGCGCAAUACUGUCAAUCCGGACACGGAAUUGAAUGACAUCACUGUGCCGUGCGGCGAUGAAGUGCGUCUCUUGUUAUUUACACGCUGCGAUCGUGAGAAGGAAGACUGGUAUCGUCGCUUUGUGGCCGCCAGCAAGGGGCGCGUUCACGAGCAGGACUUGCAAGUGCCCAUGGCGCGCUUUGUCGACGAAACGGAUCUCCAGGCAGCAGCCGCCAAGCAGGCAGUGCUCCUCACCAUGGGCAGUUCGGUGAAGCAAGUGCGUUACAAGGAUGGCGACGAUCGAAGCGGUGUCACAGAGGCAUCAACCUCAACCAACAACAAUGAGGACGCCGACUCGAAUACACCAGACACUGCACAAUUCGAGGAAGUACUGGAGGAGGAUUGCACUCCGGAUGGGCCAAGGGAUGAGAAUUUCGAGGGUAUGAUCAUGAGUUCCGAUACGACUAGAAAUCCAGCUGAUUAUGUUAAAUUUAUGACCGUCUACCAGAAAGCUUGCAAUCAAAGUCAUAUACCCGUAACCCGACGUCCACGUAGCGAGCUGCUAGCUCAUGGUCAACACCAUAGAAAAACUCGUCGUAGCAAACGUCAGGAGGAUGAACUUUGGAAGGGCAUCGAUCAGUCGCUCUUUUUGGGGCCCUCCGGCAGCAUUGUCUGGGCAAAUAUCCUUGUUGGACGCUGUCUAUUUAGCUGUCUGCAUGAUACACUCCUCCAUGAGAAGAUUAAGGAGUUUCUGCAAAAGAAACUCAACUCCAUUAAGCUUCCCAGUUUCAUGGAAGAAGUCAUCAUUACAAACAUCUACAUGGGCAAAUCCCCAGUGCUGUGCCAUCGUGUCUCUCAGCCAAUGCUGGAUGAGCGUGGCAUUUGGCUGGAUGCCGAUAUAACAUACGAGGGACUCGCCCAUAUUACAGUGACCACCAGACUGAAUUUGCUCCGAGUACGCGCCAAGCCAAAGUCAUCGCCAGUGGCGACGGACACAGUGCCCACAUCGACUGUACUGCCAGAGCCGCCUCAGGAUUCACGGUCCGCUUCCGAUGAUGUGCUAUUAGAUUCGAACAGUGUGAUCUACGAUAGCGAUGCAGAGAGCUCGGGUGGCUCAUCCACAGAGUCAGAGAGUCCGCCACCUGGCGCCGCCAAUGAUAACGCUGGCGGAACUGAAUUCUUUCAGAACUCGCCGGGCAAUGCACGUCGCAUUUUUAAGAUUGUGGAUCGUAUUGCCACAUCGAAUCUUUUUCAAUAUGCCACCGAGCUGCCCUAUGUGCAGCGGGCCAUGGAGAAUAUGAAUGCCAAUAUUACGUUGCGUGUCGAUUUGAAGGGCCUGGUGGCCAGAGGGACAAUUAAUGUACCGCCACCGCCAUCGGAUCGGGUCUGGAUGUGCUUCCGUGGACCGCCGCGCCUUUGGAUAUCCACCAAGCCCCAGGUCGGGGACAAAUCCGUCGAUUGGUCCAUUGUGACCAAUGUGAUUGAAAGCAAACUAUGUGAGGCUGUCAACAAAUUUUUGGUCUAUCCAAAUAUGGUUGAUUUUACUAUACCAUUCCUCGGCAAGCCCAACUACGAGGACGAGCCGCCGGGGCCGUCCACUUAAUUUAACAAAAAAGAAGAAAAAAUACAAAUUUCCAAAAGAUAAAC